CUCUCCAACCACACCUGUAUAAAAGAGUCCCGCGAGGCCGCGAGCGGCGGCUCCAGCACAGCUGCACAGGGGUAGGUGAAUUGAGGAAUCCUCAGCUCCCGAUUGCUGGAACACCUGGGUCUGGUGAGAGGAGGGGGAGAGACGGGGUUCAACCUGAAGGGUAGGUAGACGGAGAGAGGAUGGUGAAGGUCAUAGAGGGGUCCCCGGCGAAGAUGGGUUUCCGGAUGCCGGCGGAGUGGGAGCCGCACGAGCAGUGCUGGAUGGGCUGGCCCGCGCGUCCAGACAAUUGGCGGGAGCAUGCUGGUCCAGCUCAAGAGAUAUUUGCGAGAGCUGCAAUUGCCAUUUCAAAGUUUGAGCCCGUCACAUUAUGUGCAAGUGCCGAACAGUACCCCAAUGUCUACAAGCUGAUGCAACAUCAAAGAAACAUCAGGGUGGUUGAGAUGAGCAUGAACGACUCCUGGUUCCGCGAUAUGGGACCUACAUUUAUCACUCGUAAAGGCGGACCAGAUUCAGAACAAACAAUAGCAGGAAUUGAUUGGCAAUUUAAUGCUUGGGGAGGAAUCUAUGAUGAUUGGAGUCUUGACAGUGAUGUUGCCAAGAAAAUAGUCGAGAUUGAAAGGAUCCCUAGGUUUCCACAUAAAAUGAUUCUUGAGGGUGGAAGCAUCCAUGUAGAUGGCGAAGGUACUUGCAUUACGACGGAAGAAUGCUUGUUAAAUCCUAACAGAAACCCCAACAUGACUAAAUUAGAAAUAGAGAAUGAGCUGAAGGAAUUUCUUGGAGUCACAAAAGUCAUUUGGAUACCUCGUGGACUUCACGGUGAUGAGGAUACAAAUGGCCACGUUGACAACUUAUGCUGUUUCAUUAAACCCGGUGUGGUCCUCUUGUCGUGGACCGAUGAUGAGAAGGACCCACAGUAUGAACGAUCAGUCGAGGCGCUAUCGACUCUCUCACAAUCUGUUGAUGCGAGAGGACGGAAGAUAGAAGUGGUGAAGAUCCACGUCCCACGGCCUCUAUACAUGACAGAGGAAGAGGCAGGGGGUGUUGUUUCAACAGAGCAUGCUGUGCCGAGGGAACCGGGCACGAGAUUGGCCGCGUCAUACGUGAACUUCUACAUAGCGAACGGCGGGAUCAUAGCACCGGCUUUCGGCGAUAAGUGGGACAAAGAAGCACGCGAGGUUCUCCGGAAAGCAUUUCCUGAUCAUGAGGUGGUGAUGGUUGAAGGCGCGAGAGAGAUCGUGCUGGGAGGUGGGAACAUACACUGCAUCACGCAGCAGCAGCCCGUGCGCCCAUCGUAGAUGAACGGCGAGAAGAAGAUGCUACACGGUUAUUGAUCCGGUCAUUAUUUGGCCUGAGCAAAUUGUGUGAGAAAUAAAGCCCCGCCAACUGCUGUGGUUUGCAAGUAUCAAACGCGACGCCGGCAGUGUCUUACGCUAGAAACUGCUCUGCCCACCGGCCAGUUGAUAUCCGUGAUUCACCGGU